UACAUAUGUUUCUUAUUCAUAGUUGUUCAGCAAUCUUUACCUUGUAAGAAAUAAAUUUGCAAGCAAAUCAAAGAUAUAGAUUUAGAUGAUUUCCUUGCAAUGGUUAAUGUUAUGAAAGGCGUUCUCGUGGAGUGCGAUCCUGCUAUGAAACAAUUUUUGCUACAUCUGGAUGAAACAUUAGCUUUGGGCCGCAAAUUUAUUAUCCAAGACUUAGACGAGAAGCAUCUCUUCAUAUCUACUGAUAUUGUAGAUGCGCUUCAGGCACGCGUCGAUGAUUUAAUGGAUCGCAUUAGUUUCCCCUUACACGAAAAAGAUCCAUAAAUUACUGACCGCAUUUUAUAAAC